AUGAGCGUGCCCGGGCCCCGGCCCGCGGAGCCCGCCACGGCACCCGCGCCCUCCCCGCCGGGACUCGCGCCCCCGGAACCCCUCCGGGCCCUGCGCGCGCUGCUCCUGGCCACGGGCGGCGCGGGGGGCUCGUGGCCUCGCUGCGUCCUGCCGUUCGGCGCCCUGGCGGUACUGGCUGGCGCAGCCGCCACGGCCAUCACCUUCUCGCUGCGCGGACCCCUGCUGGACUUGGCCCAGGGCGCGUCGCUGGCUGCGCUCGGCGGGGGCCUCGGGCUCCUGACCGCCGCCUUCCUGUGCUGGCGCGGGCGGAGGGCCGGGCGCGGCGGGGGGCGGGAGCUGGAGACGCCCUGA